AUGAACGCUAUUCGUCAAACUCAAGCGCUGAACAAGCGCGAACUUGAAAAUGCAGUGUACGAGGAUAACGUCGCGAAACUGAUGGGCGAGACUACUGAUCGGAACGCAAGGGUGGAGGAUACUGAUGACGAAAGAAGACACAAGAAGCGAAGGUCCAGUGAUUCCAGAGAGGAUGAGGCGCGGAGUCGACCCCUACUCAAGGAAGAGAGAGAGCUUCAGGAGUUGAUGAUGAACCACGACGACGAGGACCCUAUGAAGGAAUAUCUCAUUGAAGAGAAGAAGGAAGAAAUCGCACGGGCUCUUGAACGGUUGGAUAAGGAGAAGAAGCAUUCUCGUAGACGAGAUGCAAGUCGGGAGCGAUCAAGCCGCCAUCACCGCCAUCACCGCCAUCGUCAUCACCAUCACCGAGAUGGGGAUCGAUCUCGCUCUCGAGAACGCAGGCAUCGCCGUGAUCGGUCAUUAUCCAGGGAAGAGCGUUCCCACAGAGACAGAUCAUCGUCAAGCAGAGAAAAAUCUCACAAGGAGAGAUCGCCUGUGCGCUCCCGAUCCCCAGUACCGCGAAAGGAUCUUGAAAGAGACGAUCGUCGACGAUCAUAG